AUGGCCUCGCCCCCUUCGCCCGCCGAGACCGCUCCCACCCCGUCGACGACCAAGAUGGCCGGCCUCGACGCGGACGACGACGACAACAAGGCGCUCAUGCGCCGCGUCGACCUCAUGCACCUCGACGACAUGCCCUCGGUCGCCCGCCAGGGCACGGGCAUCCAGGGCUGGCUGCAGCGUCUGUUCAGCGACCUCGCCUACUUUGUCACCUGGCUCCGCAUCACCUGGUUCGGCGUCGCCACCAGCCUGCCCAACUACAUCCUCGACCCCUUGGGGGCCGCCAGCGUGCUCCUCUUUGCCGGCGGCUCCACCGUCAUCCUGAGCGCGAUGCUCGUCAUCAGCGCCGUGUGGCGCCUCGGCGCCGUCCAGGCCGUCUUCCGACGCGUCAGCGAGCGCAACGGCGGCGUCGGGCUGGGCAACCUGGCCUACCCGCAGAUCUUUGACAGCCUCGACCGCCGCACGCGCGACGCCGCCUUCCAGGUCAUGAACCGGCCCCUCGAGGAGUUUUCGCAGCCCUCGACCAGCAGCGCGCGCACCUUUGACCUCGAGCUGGCCAAGAUGCUCUUCUGCUGCGCCUCGCUCGUCUACGAGCGCGACGGCUCCGCGAUGGAGGACGCCUGCAAGAUCGCCUGCCGCGCCGCGCCCGUCCGCCCGCGGGCAGGCCAUGCGCACGCUCCCGCGCCCGGCGAGAGCCUCAAGGCGUCGAGCGGCCUGCCCAACGCCGCCGGACAGGCGGUCCUCGACAAGCUGACCGCCCGCUCCAAGUGGGGCCUCCACUACCGCUCCAUCUCGGAGCUCGGCACCAACACGUCGCCCGUCUGCGGCGCCUUUUGGGACCCCAACAGCAACUUUAUCAUCCUCUCUUUCAAGGGAACCAACCCGGUCGAGUUCAAGGAGUGGGCGCUCGACUUCACCAUCCGAUACACCGAGGGCGGCGCGUGGCUGCCCGGCUUUGGCAAGGUCCAUUCGGGCUUCUACGAGAGCCUCUUCCCGAGCGACAUCCGGCAGGGCGCCACCACGGGCUACGUCGGCCAGCUGCUCCACGACGCCUACCUGACCGUGUUCGGGCCCGACGCGCUCGACGAGGAGCGCAAGCCGCCGCGCGAGUUCCCUUACGAGCAGAUCCGCCACCGAAUCGAGGAGAUCGCAAAGCUCCUGGUCAAGAAUAGCGCCGACGAUCACGUCAACCUCUUCGUCACCGGACACAGCCUGGGUGCGGCCCUGGCCUCAUUCUUCUUUGCCCGCGCCGUGGCCUCGCCCAAGGACUUUGGCAGCAACAGCGAGGGCGACGACCUGGUCCGCGUCCGCGACGCCUACACGUUUGGCUGUCCCAUCUUUGGCGACCCGGAGUGCAUCGAGGGCUUCGGCCGCGCCAUCCACGACAACCUCGACCGCCCGCAGACGCUGUGGAGGGUGACGAACCGCCACGAUCCGGUGGCCACGAUGCUGCCCGAGGGCGGCGACUACGAGAUGCUGUCGCACAUUUCGCCGACGAGCCAGUUCCACUACGCUCACAUUGGCGCCGAGAUCCAGAUGCGCCACCGCAACAACCUCGUGGGCGCCGGACCGGGCACGCUGCUGCCCAAGGGAGCCCGUGUCAAGGUCAUCACCCAUCUCGGCGGCUCUGGCUCUGGUCCCGACGUCCGUCUGCCGCUGUGGUGCCGCAUCCUGGAGCAGACGCCGGUCGUUUCUCGCCUGGUGUCGCACAUUCCUUCGUGCUACUGGGCGCGGCUGAGCACGGUCGAGGCGGUCGAGAGCCUGCCCUGGUUGGGCCGUGAGCCGGCGCUGGUGUCGCUGUGA